AUGGAGAACAUGUACGCCAAGCAUCCACAGCUACAAUUCGAGCAUAAGGUUUAUCGUAUGCUCGCCGGCGCGAUUGGAAUUCCUCAAGCCAAAUGGUAUGGUUCCGUCCGGACAUACUGGGUCUUGGUAAUGGACUUGCUUGGCCCUAGUUUGGAGGAUUUGUUCACCUUCUGCUGCCGGCGCUUUACCAUGAAGACCGUUUUGAUGCUUGCGGAUCAAAUGCUUGCUCGUAUAGAGCAUGUUCACAACAAAAACCUCAUACAUCGUGAUAUUAAACCAGAUAACUUUCUCAUGGGCAUUGGCCGUCACUGUAACAAGGUUUAUAUAAUCGACUUUGGGCUCGCUAAACGAUUCCGCGAUGCUCGUUCCGGUCGACACAUUGGAUAUAGGGAAGAUAAAAACCUCACCGGUACAGCUCGCUACGCGAGCAUUAAUGCCCACCUUGGGAUCGAACAAUCUCGGCGGGAUGACCUGGAAUCACUUGGUUACGUCUUGAUGUAUUUUAACCGUGGCUCUCUUCCUUGGCAAGGAUUACGGGCUACGAAUAAGCGUCAAAAAUACGAAAAAAUCAGCGAGAAAAAGAUGUCCACAUCCGUAGAGGUUUUGUGUAAGGGCUUUCCUCCAGAAUUCGCAAUGUAUCUUAACUAUUGCCGAGGUCUCCGUUUCGAGGAAAGUCCGGAUUACAUGUACUUGCGUCAGCUCUUCCGAAUCCUCUUUCGCACAAUGAGUCACCAGUUCGACUAUGUGUUCGAUUGGACAAUGCUGAAACAACGGACCGCUGCGACUUCAUCCUCAGCUACUGCGGAUCCGAAUUACGAAGAUCCAAGUGCACAAACACGCCAACAAGCGGCGCUCCCAGAACCGAACGCAACCAACAAGGCAGAGGAGAGUGAGCAGAAGGAAGAGUCUGGGGGACAAGGGAAUAGACGAAAGCUCUUUUAGAUAUUCAGACCCUACCUCACUUCACCCCAUCAGCUGAUUAGUGCACAUGGUCACUCAAUCGCUGUCGACUUCUUUCGCUGGGUUCUGUGGACGUUGUCACCUCGGCUGUCGAUUCAAUUUUGAAUCCUCCUGUGCAUAGUAUGUUAUUCCCGGGACGCAUCCAAACCCCUUUCCAUCGUCCUUGGCAAACGAAUACGUUGUUUGAUCGGUUAACCGUUUACGUCUUUCGUUUUUUUCCCAGCUACACCUGCCCCAAGUCUUGUCCUAAUGCCGUGGCAUUUCAUAUGUUUACGGCUGAGAAAUUUGAAUUAGCUUUCUGUGGGAUUGACUAUUUUGUAUCGAUUUCGACUACUCGCACUACGCCUAUCCAUACGUCCAUCCGUACACCCUGUUGUUUGCGGAUUUUUACGAUUAUGUACAUAUGCUGACUGAGUGAAGGGGUUAACACACCAUACCACUAUUACCAUCCCAAUGACCCGCACAAUGCUAACCAGCUCCCUGCACUCUUUGGCCAAAUGACUUUAUGGAAGUGAUCUUCUUUUGGUACCUAUCACAACGGCCAGCCUCGGUUUGUUUUGGGGGUCAUUUCUAUAGUCCCAACAUCUUUCUACACGCACUGGACUUACUCCCGUGUUCCGUUUUCGCUUCGACGUAUUUUGAUUUUGCGCACUAGUUCGCCAGUAUAUUGGCGUCGAUUAUCAGUCAAUCGAAUGCCACCAGCGGUGUCUCUAGUUUUUCACUUGGAGCGCUCAGCAACGUCAUCAGUGUGAUGGAAUAUGCCUGAAUAAUAGUGUCCCAACUGCUUCGCUGAAUCCACCUUUUCAGUCUACCUUUAACUUGAACUCUGCCCUCUUUAGGACCAACCGGAGGUCUGGCAUGAUGCAGUACGCCGUGGUUUGAUUGCAUGUGCGUAUGCUAAUUGAACCACUGGUUUUCUCUUGAUAUUGUUUUGCCCAUGCUCCGCACAGUACUCUGUGGUUUGUUAUGAUGUCGAACGCUAGGCAAAAGCUUGUAAUCUUGACCUUCGCAAAUGAGGGAAACUUCUUCACACAGCACAUUGGCCGUCAGACAAUAUUUUGAUGGCUUGUAAAUUAAACUUUGAAGUUUUAUCACUGCAGCUUUUUUG